GGGAAUAAAAAGGAAAAAGAGAAAAGCUGUGAAGAGGAGGGAAGAGGGAGGAGCAGAGUGAAAAUGGCGGUGGAUACGAAUCUAUCAUCACUGUUAGAGAGGCUAAAAAUGGAAGAUCAUUUGCUUCUUCCUCCCAGAACGUGGGAAUCUAUUCCUUCCGAAAGCGGAGCUCCUCCUCCUUCUCGCUUCUCCUCUCCCCUUCCGUCUUCUUCCUCAGUCUCUGAAAAGAGUUUGGUGAGGCUGGCACUGACUGCACUGCAAGGGGUGGAGUCGUCUCUUAUUAGUAUUGAAAAGUUCUCUACUGCUUUCUGUUCUGAUCCUGCUGACAGGACGUUUCAUCAAAUACGGAGUCUGUGGAAUCGGUCAUCCAGCACUCAUGCUUUAGGAAAGAUUCUCAAAUCGAUAGGUCGUUCAGGCACCUUGGUUUUUCUUCUUCAUAAAUUUGUAGAUUAUUUUACCAACUUAAAUUUUGAUGAAAAAUUGGUAAGGAAGAGACAGGAAAAUCAUGAGUUGGAAGGAAGUCAUUGUGACGGUGAACACCAGGAGCAGAAAUGUCUUGUUAAUCAGGCAUUCGCCGUUGCUGUUGGAAAGGUUUUAGAAGGGUACACAUGUGCGCUGGAUACAUUAUGUGCAUCAGUAUGUCUGAGGUGCUCAGCAAAGAAAAUUGACUUGUCCUUGGCUUCGUCUACUGGGUUAGGUUGUCUCACAAAUGUGGUGCAUUCUGAACUUACUUUGUUGGAAGUGUACCUGCACAGCAAGGAAUUGAGGACACAGAUUGAAGCCCUUGGAAAUAUAUGCAAGCUGCACCACAUAGCUCUUUGCUUCUCCAUAUAUUCUUUUGAAGAUCUAGUUGCAAAAGGAACUUCAGAGAUUUUUAAUUUCUAUAGCGGAGGAGAUCUGCUUACUUAUUUGUAUUUGCAGCUAAAGGUUGCUGACCCUGCUCAGCUUGCUUUAUUGAAGUUUCUCUUUCUUCGAUCAUGUGAACCAUAUUGCAUGUUUAUAAGAUCAUGGAUAUUCAAAGCUGAAAUUAGUGAUCCUCACAAGGAGUUUAUAGUGGAAUUUGCUGAUGAUUUACCACCUUGUUCACAUAAUAAGGCUGGCAUCUCUCCAUUGGCAAGUGUUAAGGAACGAGAUGGUGCUGCUGUUCCUUGUUUCUUGAAGGACUCUUUGACUCCACUUAUCAGGGCUGGGCAGCAGCUUCAAGUACUAAUAAAGUUGCUUGAAUUGUGUAAUUAUGCUGCCACUGAGGUCUUUAGUUACACAGAUCUUCUUCCAUGUUGGACUGGUAUUUUAAGCAAUAACCUAUUUUAUGCAUCUGCAAUGACUUUCAGCAAAGGGUCUAUAGAAGGACUUGUACUUGCAAGGAAAAGUUAUUACAAUACAAUGCAAGAAAAAUUUGAAAAUCUUCUGAGAAAGUUGAAGUUCUGUUGUGGACAGGUUACUGAGCACACUGUACCCAUUCUUUCUGGCAGUUAUGGAGAUGGUUUGGACGAUUCAGUUUCAUUCACACCAAACUGCAGUGCUGCUAGUGACGUGGAAUUGCAGGACCAUACUGAUGCAUCUGAAUCAUCUGAAUGUUCAUCGAUAAAUGGCUUUGAGGAGAAAAUCGAAGCUGAAGAGCUGCUUGGGUUUCCUAAUAGUUUUACUUCGGCAAAACAAAGUUAUCUAUCAGCUUUAAGCUUCUCCAUGAGCACACCCAUCAACAAUUCAAUGCAAAAGUGUCCUCCGAUUGAGAAGCUGUCCUCUACAGAAAGACAUUCAAAUGAUGUUUGCAAAGGAACAGAUGCUUAUGAGCACUUAAUACCAUCUGAGAAAAAUAAGGAAAUUUUGAGUAACAUAGCCAUGCCCCCUGAAUUAGAGGAGUCGGAUUGUUCAUGUAUAGAUGUUGAAUAUACUGAUAGUCUACCUGGUAAGUGCUGGCCUCUUGGUGGCCUUUCCAGAAAUCCUUUUCAUGUUGAUGAAGGGUUUAACGACCCUGGAGUACAUUCCGCUGGCUCUGUCCCUAAAGUGGGGAAAAUAUUUGUGGGGUUUAUUGAAAAUGGAAUGUCAUCUUUGAGUAAAAAUUCUGCAAUUGAGAAUGUUUUCAUAGAGGAGGACCGAGACAAAAAACAACUUGAAAAUGAUUCCUCAACAUUAGAUUUACUUGCAUCGCCUAAAUGGAAGUUUAAGUACCUUCGUAAUUAUUUUAGUAUGAAUCCAAUGCUAACAAGAGGUGUUAUCUUUAACCUGAUGGGAAAGCCUGGAGAGACAGUCUGCAGGAAUUAUGCACAGUCUUUACCCUGCUUUGAUUUUUCUACUAUAGAUGACCCCUCUAAAGUGCAUCUGAAAAAGCUGACUGCUCAAGAUGCAUAUGAAUUGUUUGAGGACUCUAAUGCUUUCAUGACUAGUGCUAAAAGUGAUCGACAUGGCACAAGGUGCUACGAGGAAGACUUAAUUAGAGAUACCAAUGUAUUUUGUAAUCAUUUACCUUUAGACUUAAAAGACCACAAUGAUGAAGAUACAGAGUCAAAAAAUGUUUCCGGCGGAAGUGGCUGGGAAGGCUUGCUGGGUGGUUCAGGUAACCUUGAAACUAGUACCAGUGAAGAUCACAGGCAAAUUUUGUCUGCCAUGUUUGAGAUACCAAUUGACUUUGUCAUUGACAAAUGCCUGCUGCAGGAAAUAUCGCUUCAAUAUAAUUAUGUAAGUAAGCUGGCUAUCCAGUUGCUUGAAGAAGGGUUUGACUUACGAGAACAUCUGUCGGCAUUACGGCGAUAUCAUUUCAUGGAAUUAGCUGACUGGGCAGAUUUAUUCAUCUUGUCUCUUUGGCGUCAUAAGUGGCUUAUUACAGGGGCAGAUAGGAGAAUUGCAGAAAUUCAAGGGUUUCUUAACUCAUCUGUUCAAAGGUCAUCGUGUGAAUGGGACAAUUACAAGGAUAGGUUAUUUGUGUACAUGAAAGGACAUAGCAUGAUGCAUCUUUCUACGUCUACUAUUGGGGUCGAUUCCUUCAAUUUUCUAGGUUUGGGUUAUCGUGUGGAUUGGCCAGUCGAUAUUAUUUUGACUCCUGCUGCAUUGGAAAUGUAUUCUGAUGUAUUUAGUUUUCUGGUUCAAGUGAAGCUUGCAGUUUUCUCAUUGACUGAUAUAUGGUGCUUCCUGAAGGACAAUCAUUCUGCACCACAUGAACGAGAAAUUGGGCAUUUUGAUGUAUUGAUGAAAUUGAGACAUCAGGUCAAUCAUUUUGUGUCUGCACUACAGCAAUAUAUUCAGUCACAAUUAGCACAUGUAUCAUGGUGCAGGUUCCUUCACUCCCUUAAGCAUAAGGUCAAAGACAUGAUGGAUCUUGAGGCAGUGCAUAUGGCAUAUCUAAGAGAAUCUAAAUACAUAUGCUUCCUUUCUGAUGAGACACGGGCUGUAGGUAGCAUAAUUGAAAGCAUUUUACAGUGCACACUAGACUUUCGUUUGUGUCUUAUUGGAAGCAUGCGGAACACAAGAGACGAUCAAAGUGGUUUUCUGCAUAAUUCUGGAAUUAACAUAUCCCAGGUGCUGGCCAUCAAGCAAAAGUUUGAUAGAAGCGUCAAAGAAUUGCAUAUAUGCUAUCUCAAAUCACCCAAACAUGGGGAGUUUGGGCUUUCCCCUUUCUGGGACUAUCUGAAUUUCAACGAGUACUACUCAGAUGUUACAAUCGGAAUGAGCCACAUUUUAAUAUAGUCUAAAGGCAACUCGUUAUUAUUGAAACGAGCAGCACGCUAGGAUCCAUAUAUGCGGAGAGGUAAUCCACGAUAAUUUCCUCAAUAAGAUGUUGGAAGAAUCAUUGCAGAAGGGUCUCCUGUCAUCACUAAAGGACAUUCUAAGACCUUUAUCCGAUACUUCUCAAAAUAAAAAGACACGUCCGUCAUUUCAAGGGCACCGCAUUCGACCAGGUAGGUAGAAAACUCCUGCUUUGUGCGAGUAAAUGAAGGUUCCAGCUUGUAUUGCUGCAGCCACCUUGCCGAUUGACCACAAUGAAGUGCUAUCUCUGUGCAGCCCUUGCUGUCAUUAGCUUCCGAGAAAUCUGAUUAUGGAGAAAUUAUUUUGUAUAAUACUUACGUUAUGGUAAUAUGUAUGUUGUUCAAAACCAUAGCUAGAGCCUAGAAGGUGUGCAAAGUGUAUAAUAUUAUAACCUUUUACACGUAAUUAACAGAUUCAUUCUCAUGUUUUAAAAUCAUUGUGUUUUGGGA